ACUCUGCUCUGCUUCAGCCCACUUCCUCCAGUCUGCGCCACCCGCGCUUUCUGCCUGAUAGUUUUCAUUCCGAGUUUUGUUUAUACACUUUGACAGGAAGCCCAAAACAGCCCUGUAUUCUGUAAAAUUGCGGGAUUUUUCGGCCCUCUACGCAGUUAAGUGUUUGUCGUCGUCGGAAGACCCACUUUGAAUCGCCAGAACACGAGUCUCGUAUUGUGGGAAGUUUUCAGAAUGAGUCUACAAACCAUUGCUGAUCAGACGGACCUCAUCAAGGAGUCACUUCUUUCUUUCAUUCAAACCAAAUUGCCCGAAGCACAGCUAAUUGUUGAUGACAUAGUAUUAAAUUACUUUGUAAGCAUCCUAGAAGAACUUGGGGAAAGCCAAGAGCACUCUGACUUUGACAUUGAUGGCUUUUGUGAAAUGAUGUCAGGAUUUGUUGAAAAUUUCUCAACAAUUCCUCAAGUUGAGGUAGCUACAUGGAUGUUUGAAUUGGAAGCAAGACUCCGUGAUCUUCGCAAUCAUGUCAACAGUGAUGAGCGGAAGGCAGAGUUUUUGUCAGCUUUGUUGGCUCCCAUUGUACUUGAAUCAUCCAAACAAACAACUCGUACCCCUCAUACAUCAGAGUCGAGCCUUCCUGGUAAUGAGGACCCGCCAGCCAAACGAGUUUACUUAUUGUCAGAAACAAGCGACGGGGCAUCUGAUGGCUCAAGCAGUGGUGAUUCUCUAAGUGCUUAUGAUGAAGCUGUGUAUGUUCUGCAAGAGAUGUUCCCUACAGCAAGUCUCCCAGAAAUACAGCACUGUGUAUCAGUAGGAGAAGGAGAUGCAGGACGAGCAGCUCAACUUGUCAUUGAUCGCAUGGAAACAGGCCUGAGCAUUUUGCCUUCAACAGCUGUGUUGCAGAAGGGAGUUAUGCGCGAUAAGCCAGUAAAUGAUGAUGAAUUGAAAUCUCGUAUCAUUGCCAAAUAUAGUUAUGUUGACCGUGAAGAUGACCAUCGUGAGCACCAUCCAAUCCAACCAAAAUCUGAACCAAAGAAACUUGUGCGCUAUCGAGACAAUAAAAUUGUAAGCUUGAAGGGAGAGCGCUUUACAGAGGUCAAGAAGGAGGAUAUGGAAGAGCCAAAGAAACCUGUGGCUUCUGUUAAGCCACCAAGGAAGAGUAAUAACCACUGAUCUUUGUAGCAAGCGGCCGUCUGGGGCACGGACCGCUUUGCACGCUUUGCAGCAAAUAGGCCCCUACUAGUCAUCACAGAGCGCAGCCCAGAGAGAUAGUAAUAGUGUAAGCGCAGUGCAGUCUCAGACGGAGUCAGCAGCUGCGAAUUUGGGUGAUGUUGCUCAGUAGGGCAGUUCAGUGUCAUACCAACUCCUCUGUGAUGUUAUUGAGAUAUAUCUUUGUCAUCUCCACAUUCUGUCACAUUAUUUGUGCUUCAUCUGUGCCAGUGAAAUCUAUAUUCAUAUCUUCUGCAAGGUAUUCAAGAUAUGCUAGAAGUGUUAACCAAUUGUAACAUGGUGAGAUAAAGCCAGGUAGAUUCAAGUGACAUAAGAGAAUGUUAAUUCCAAGUUUAGGAUCCAUCAGUCUCUUCUCUGUUCUUCCCCAAUUAGGUUUUUUUUCUCCCACUUUUCCUUUUUGUACUUUUAGAAUCAUGUUAUGUUCAAAGAUGAGGUGUAAUACCAGCUUCUUUAUGUUUUUGUUUUUUUAAACUGAAAUAUUCAUCUCUUGCAUGGUUUGUCAAUGAUUUAUUUACCUUUGCACUCCCUAUUCCGUUGAUAUCUUGUUCAAGCCUUGUACUCAGUAUUCUUAUUCAUGACAAAUCCAUUCUGUACAUAGAUGUGUGUUGAAAAAGUAACUAAAAAUUUCAUAAAAAAAGUCAUCAACCUUAGUAAUUUUUUUGUAGCCUCACUGAAUUUGUUUAUUGAUGUCUCUUUCUGUCUUUCUUUUCAUAGAUUAUACAUUCCAAUAGCAAUAGAUUUUUUUCCAUAUUUUGGAUCAUUUCUAGCCUUAAGAGUAAAUUGGUUCUCAGUUAUCAAAAAUCACAAUGCAUGUACGUAAAAGGUAUGUGGUGUGGCAGAAGAAUGAAAGGAGAGUUUGUGCUCAAAACACUUGUAUUUCACCUUGCCCUCUGUUUGACAUAGGAAUUAUAAGUCUGAUGAUUUGACUAAUGAGAUUUACAUCAUUGUAGAAGAAGCUCUUGACCCAGUCACUUUAUAUGUAUGUGGCUUUGUUUUAAUUCAGGAGGGAGGUUUUCAGUGUUCACUUUGUUUGUUAACACUUUUCUUAUUAUUAAUUAAUUAUUUUAUGCAUUUACCGUCAAUCGCAAAGGUUAACAUGUUGGAAACGCACAUGAUCUUUUAGAAAUAUUCUGGUGCUUUCCAUUGAAGACAUUAAAGUUCUUCACUUCAACUGUGCUCCUUUUGUAGUUGUUGUUCACCAGUUUGCUCUCUUUCACUUCCAGCUCUUAAACUUAUUUGUAUUUUUCUUACUUCUUUAGACAGCUUUGGCUGUGUAUGUACUGCAUCCACACUGUUGGGUGCUUUUAUUUUGUAUUUAGUUUUACGCAAUCCAUGCAAUGGUUUACAGAGCGGUUUUUAUUACUUUGUCAUUUGUCAUCAUCACAUAUUUUAAUUAUAGCAAAUUUGUUUUUGCUAAUAAGCCAAACUAUACCAAAGAGAUUUAUUUGCUUUGUGAGAAUAUUGUUGUGUUCUACUGAAAACCCUGCCAGUUUCAGUUACCUUCUUUAAAGUUUAUUUAUUAAUGUACUUUACAAAAGUUAUUUGUUUUUAAAGCCUUUGAGCUAAGUUAAUGAGACAGCAGUAUUAUGAAUGUGUUUCUUUUUCCCUUCAACUAAAUUUUCUUUUUUUGGUGUAAUGUAAUUUGAAUUUCCGAAACCUUGGUCAAUAGUUGUUUCCAGAGUUUCUCAGUGUGUAUCUUAGUACUGUGUCUUUGUUAAUAGCUUUGUUUGUAUUUGUAGGAAUGUAUUAUUAUAAAUUACAUUCUCUCGUGAAUCUUAACCAUCUUGUAUGUAGUGUACGUAGUAUAAUAUUGAGAUAAAUUAUCUGCUUUGUGUAUGUUGGAUUGCUGUUCAUCUAUCAGGAAGCGUCUUGGUACUUAAUCGUUCCUCUAAAAGUUUGGCUUUGCUUUCAGACCAUGUAGCAUCUACAUACAAGUUGAUCUCAUUGUAAAUUUUAAUAUUGAGCCAUACUUGGAGUACCUUAUUACUUGAUCAAAUUCCAAUCAAUUCCACAGAGAAAUGGAAAGAAAUGUUAUGCCUGCUCCAUGCGGCUCCAUGGUAUAAAUGGUCUGUAACAGUGGGAAGGUGCUCCUGUUGUUGUAUGCAAGAUAGAAAUGAUCCCCUCCCCCGUUAAAAAUGGUUGUAUUUGUAACUCUUCGUCAAUGUGUGACAAAUUUAUUUCUUCUCUCCCCUUGUAACUUGUUUUAUCAGAUCAAUUCUGUUAUACAGUAGUUGGGCUGUGUUUUAAAUAUUUCAUUUGUAGAUAUGUAUGAUUAUUAGAACUGUUCCUAAUACUAUAUUAACAAAUUUAACCCAAGAAGAUAAUUUAAGCAUUUAUCCUUUGUAAAAUUGAACAUAGCAUUCCCAAGGAAACCAGCUCUAUCAAAAAUGUAAGUUUCUGCUCAGCUUUUACAACAUAAUAGUACUUGUUUACUAUAUGAUAAGCCAUACCUACACCUGCCUUGCCAUGAUCUAGCAUUAUCUUUUUUCCGGUUGGUCAAACUUUCAGUAUCUUUAAUUUAAAUCCCACUAAUCAUGCAAUUUUAAAUUACCUGUUUUGUUUUAUUUAAAAAUCAGUUAUAAAUCUCUUAAUUGUUAAGAAGUAGCAUUUGUUUGGUGUUGGGAAAUUUUUGUGUUGUUUUGAGACUUGUACAAUUUUUUCUUGUUUUUGCUUAUUUAUAUUUGAAAUUACAACUUGUGCUUAGGUGUGCAAAGGCAUUGAACAGUUUUAAAAACGCUUAUUUCAUUCCCUUGUUUUACAGUGGUGGGAAUUUAAGUUCCUGCCCAUGUAGAAAUGGUUACAACACAUAAUCUCUAAUUUGGACUGUCAAUAGAAAUACCGUAGUUCACCCUGUUUCCAGGUAUUUCCUUUGAACUCAAGACUUCUCAAUCUGAGGAGUAUGAAUCUCAAUUUUUCCCCAAAUAUAUACAUAAAGUUCUUCUUGUGCAUAA